CUAAGUCAUUCGCUCGUUUUUCAUUCGUUUAUUAUUUGAUACAGUUUGAAAAUGUUCGCCAAAUUGUCCCUCCUUUCGCUUCUUUUCAGCUCUGCUGCGCUGGGCGCCUCCAACCAGACUCUGUCCUAUGGCAACAUUGACAAGUCUGCCACCCCUGGCGCCAGAGCGCUCCUGAAGUACAUCCAACUUCAGUAUGGAUCGCACUACAUAUCCGGACAGCAGGACGUCGAUAGCUGGAACUGGGUCGAGAAGAACAUUGGUGUGGCCCCUGCCAUCCUCGGCAGCGACUUCACCUACUACUCGCCUUCGGCUGUUGCCCACGGCAGCAAGUCUCACGCGGUCGAGGAUGUAAUCCAGCACGCCGGUCGCAAUGGAAUCAAUGCCCUGGUUUGGCAUUGGUACGCUCCCACCUGUCUGCUCGAUACCGAUAAAGAGCCGUGGUACAAGGGAUUCUACACCGAGGCUACCUGCUUCAACGUGUCUGAGGCCGUCAACGACCAUGGUAACGGCACUAACUACAAGCUCCUGCUGCGUGAUAUCGACGCCAUUGCUGCUCAGAUCAAGCGCCUGGAUCAGGCCAACGUGCCCAUUCUCUUCCGCCCGCUCCACGAGCCCGAGGGUGGCUGGUUCUGGUGGGGUGCCCAGGGUCCUGCUCCCUUCAAGAAGCUGUGGGAUAUCCUCUACGACCGCAUCACUCGCUACCACAACCUCCACAACUUGGUCUGGGUUUGCAACACUGCUGAUCCGGCCUGGUAUCCCGGAAACGACAAAUGCGACAUCGCCACCAUCGAUCACUAUCCCGCCGUUGGUGACCACGGAGUCGCGGCCGACCAGUACAAGAAGCUCCAGACUCUGACCAAGAACGAGAGAGUGUUGGCUAUGGCAGAAGUUGGCCCCAUUCCGGACCCCGAUAUGCAGGCUCGUGAGAAUGUCAACUGGGCUUACUGGAUGGUUUGGUCCGGUGAGUUCAUUGAGGAUGGUAAGCAGAACCCUAACCAGUUCUUGCACAAGGUGUACAACGACACCCGGGUUGUGGCUCUGAACUGGGAGGGGGCUUAAGCGGACGUGGUAGAUUACCAUGGGGGGAGUUAAAUCCUGAGGAGUGUUGAGCAAGCGGGAGAGAGGAAAGUUGUGGAAAUUACUAGGCUACUCCGGAAGUGGCCAUCCUGGCAGUCAACAGUCACUCGAAGCGCCUCCUUAGCUAGUGUG